AUGGAUACGCAUUCGGCCGAAUUGACGGCGCCUGCGGACGACCAUGCGCCCGCGAUGGCGUGCUGCGAGGUUGGACGAUGCCUUCGUUUAGCGAACAUCGUGCACAACUUCUCUGGGACAAGUAUCAGCCUUGACGAAUUAGCGUCUGGUCUACGUUUUAUUAAUAGCGUUAAUGGUGGCGUCAAACAAGUAGCAGCAAAUUACACUGCGCUUGCUACUCCGGCUAUCUCGUCACAACGCAGGUCCCACCUAUGCAUUCCUCACAUGGACUCACGCUCGGAUUUAUUCUUGCUUCUUCUAUUCGCUGAAGCACUAUCACAUAACAAUACAGUACAUACAUCAAAAAGUAGUACAGUAUGGCAACGCAUCUUUGUGUUGAAAUCUUCAAAAAGGAUUUCCGUCAUCUGUAUUGUUUUACUGCUUGAAAUGAAGGCUAGGUUGAUAAAAUGA